CUCUGGGCAGAAUCGGGGCCGCCGCGAGCUCCGAACGUCCGACUGGUGGCUUGAGUCUAGAGCACCUUCGACGGCCGCGCCUCCCGCCCUCAACCUCUCUGUCCGCCUCUCGGCCUGGCCGCGCGACACCAUGCCCGCGGUGGACAAGCUCCUUCUGGAGGAGGCGUUGCAAGACAGCCCCCAGACUCGCUCUUUACUGAGUGUUUUCGAAGAAGAUGCUGGCACCCUCACGGAUUAUACAAACCAGCUGCUCCAGGCGAUGCAGCGUGUCUAUGGAGCCCAGAAUGAAAUGUGCCUGGCCACUCAGCAGCUUUCAAAGCAACUGCUGGCAUAUGAAAAACAGAAUUUUGCUCUUGGCAAAGGAGAUGAAGAAGUGAUUACUACCCUCCACUAUUUUUCCAAAGUGGUAGAUGAGCUUAAUGUUCUCCAUUCAGAGCUUGCUAAACAGUUGGCAGACACAAUGGUUCUACCUAUUAUACAAUUUCGGGAAAAGGAUCUCACAGAAGUAAGCACUUUAAAGGAUCUCUUUGGACUCGCCAGUAAUGAGCAUGACAUCUCAAUGGCAAAAUAUAGCAGGCUUCCAAAAAAAAAAGAGAAUGAAAAGGUGAAGGCUGAAGUUGUAAAAGAGGUGGCAGUCGCACGGCGGAAACAGCACCUUUCAUCUCUUCAGUAUUACUGUGCCCUCAAUGCACUGCAGUAUAGAAAGCGGGUGGCCAUGAUGGAGCCCAUGAUGGGUUUUGCCCACGGACAGAUUAACUUUUUUAAGAAGGGAGCAGAGAUGUUUUCCAAAAAUAUGGACCAGUUUUUGUCCUCUGUUGGCGACAUGGUUCAAAGCAUUCAGGUGGAAAUGGAAGCCGAAGUGGAAAAGAUGCAGGUUUCCCAGCAAGAAUUCCUUUCUGUUGAUGAAUCGGUUUACACUCCAGACUUUGAUGUGGCUGCACCGCAGAUCAACAGGAACCUUAUCCAGAAGGCUGGUUACCUUAAUCUUAGAAAUAAAACAGGACUGGUCACCACAACCUGGGAGAGACUUUACUUCUUCACCCAAGGCGGAAAUCUCAUGUGUCAGCCCAGGGGAGCAGUAGCAGGAGGUUUGAUCCAGGAUCUGGACAACUGCUCAGUGAUGGCGGUGGAUUGUGAAGACCGACGAUACUGCUUCCAGAUCACCACUCCAAAUGGAAAAUCGGGAAUAAUCCUCCAGGCAGAGAGCAGAAAGGAAAAUGAAGAGUGGAUAUGUGCAAUAAACAACAUCUCCAGACAGAUCUACCUGACUGACAACCCAGAGGCAGUUGCAAUCAAGUUGAAUCAGACGGCUCUUGAAGCAGUGACUCCUAUCACAAGUUUUGGAAAAAAACAAGAAAGCGUGUGCCCCAGCCAGAACCUGAAAAUUUCAGAGACAGAAAAUGAUAAUGUUGUCUCCAAAGCAGCAGCUGCCAGUAUUCCUGAAUCUGAACUGAUUGCACCUGGAACACCUAUUCAAUUUGAUAUUGUACUUCCUGCUACAGAAUUCCUGGAUCAGAACAGAGGGAGCAGGCGUAUCAAUCCUUUUGGUGAAACCGAGGAUGAAACAUUUCCAGAAGCAGAAGAUUCUCUUUUACAACAGAUGUUUAUAGUUCGGUUUUUGGGAUCAAUGGCAGUUAAAACAGACAGCACUACAGACGUGAUUUAUGAAGCAAUGAGACAAGUACUGGCUGCUCGGGCCAUCCAUAACAUCUUCCGCAUGACAGAAUCCCAUCUGAUGGUCACUAGUCAAACUCUGAGGUUGAUAGAUCCUCAGACUCAAGUAACAAGGGCCAAUUUUGAACUUACCAGUGUCACACAGUUUGCUGCUCAUCAAGAAAACAAGAGACUGGUUGGCUUUGUCGUCCGCAUUCCUGAAUCCACUGGAGAAGAGACUUUGAGCACAUACAUUUUUGAAAGCAACUCAGAAGGCGAAAAGAUAUGCUAUGCUAUUAAUUUGGGAAAAGAAAUUAUUGAGGUACAGAAGGAUCCAGAAGCACUGGCUCAAUUAAUGCUGUCCGUACCACUAACCAAUGAUGGAAAAUUUGUACUAUUAAGUGAUCAACCAGAUGACAGUGAUGGAAGUCCAAGUGAAAAUAGAGGCGCAGAAUCUGAAGCAUAACUCAAUUGCGCCUUUGGGGGAAGAGCACAAAGGAAGGAGAGCUACCUCCUUAAGGGUUUUCAACUUCUCUGAUACACAGGCACACUAACCUGGUUUCAGAAUGCUGACAAUCAUUUGUGGAAUGUACUCUCGAUGCCUUGAUACUGAGACUUGGGAGGGAAACAGUAAGAAAUGGUUGACAACACAUUCCUACUCAUCUACAAAUGUUAUUUUAGGUGCUUUGUGGUAAGUCCUUUUCUUAGAUUGCAUUGUUCAGCGCUCAAAACAAAAAUUAUGAAAAAUGCAUUGUUCACUUUAUUUGAAUGUCAUCUCUUUUCAGUUUCUAGUAUCCUUUUUUAAAAAAUGGCAAAAGCCUGGAUUUACAAUUUGAUAAACACUAAAUAUUUCCUAUUAAUAUAAUCUAUUUUUGUAUUUUACUUAAUGAGCUUUAAGUGCCUGUCAUUCUGAAAAUUGUGUAUUUAUAAUCCAGCUCGUCUCAUAAUUGGACCUAAUGGCAUUAAUCUGUGCAGUUAGGUGAAGAGCAUUGCUUUGAGGCCCAAAAACUAGCAGAGAUACAGGUCUAGUUUUGAUAACUGUUCCAGACAUCAUACAAUAAAAAGAUGAGCAGAUUAGUACCACAAAAGAUGUUGAAUUUUACAUUAAACCUUAAUGAGCCAGCAUUCAGAAGCAUAGGGUCCUUUUAGAUAUGAUUAUUUUUAGUGGUUGAUCACUGUGGACAGGGUGCAGCUCUACCAAUUCCUGUUUCUUCUGAGCCAGACCCUCCUCAAGGAAGGGACCAAUUAAUUUUAAAACUCACUUGAAGCACAGCUGGUCGUGAGGUUUGGUAUAUUCCUCUUUCUACCCUGACAUAUCCGGUUCCUGCCAUCCCAGCCCACUUGAGUUAUGCCACACCAUUCCCUCCUACCUGUGAAAAUAAGCAGCUAAGUAUAAUGAUCUUGAAUUGGUACAGUGUGUUUAAUUGUAACCACAUUCAACAGAGUAUCAUUCUCUGUAAUAAAUUAACCUAGCAAUAAAUGCUAGCAAAUAAAGACUAUCAUCCUGUUUC